AUGCGUCGAAAGGUUAUGGUCGAGGUCGCCAUGGGCCUCCUAAGGACCACCUUACACCACGCAGAGCCAGAUUUUAGAAAGAAGACAAUCAAAUAUCUUGACGGCCUUAAGCAGAAGACUAAAGGGAAGCUACCCACGCUUGCUGUUCACGACUUGAGCGUCGACGACGUUGAAAAAAAAAUAUUCAGGAUCAAGGUGAAUUGGAACAAUGCCUACAAAUGGGAGCGCGAACUGAAGGGCUGCGAGGGGCUUGGUAAGCAACAUACGCUCAAUGGCUGCGCGGAUUACACGCUUUUAUAUGGCGCCCCCCCCCAAGACAUUGAGAGCAAUAUGUGUGUGGUGGAGGCAAGAAAGCGGUGGGACUUCGGAAAUGGAAUGGCUCAAAUCCUGGCCUACAUGGCCAUGGUCGCUUCGAGCAGGGCGAAAGACUGCCGCCAGAACCAUACAAUGUAUGAAAUUCUAUGGGAUGGGUGA